AUGCACUAUCUCUUUCAAGAGUUGAAGGACGUUAAGAAGCGUGACACCUACGUGGAUCUGUUCAAGGACGACGGGCCAGCUCCUGCACCGGAAGAGGGUGGUGGCGCCUACAAACGCUCUGAAAGGGCCAAUUCGGGGAAGCGUGACACCUACAUCGAUCUAUUCAACGACGAUGGGCCAGCUCCCGCGCCGGACGCUGGAUCAGAGAAACGCGACACCUACGUCGAUCUGUUCAACGACGAUGGACCAGCUCCUGCGCCGGACGCUGGAUCGGAGAAACGCGACACCUACGUCGAUCUGUUCAACGACGAUGGACCAGCUCCUGCGCCGGACGCUGGAUCGGAGAAACGCGACACCUACGUCGAUCUGUUCAACGACGAUGGGCCAGCUCCUGCGCCAGACGCUGGAUCGGAGAAACGUGACACAUACGUGGAUCUGUUCAAGGAUGACGGACCAGCUCCCGCGCCGGACGCUGGAUCGGAGAAGCGUGAGACCUAA